ACAUGAACUCGCCAUACGACAUGUAUGCCGCCAUUUACAGCAUGUACUACGCCGUUCUCAGUCUCACCAACGAAAUCAAUGCCAACCCCAACAUCCUUCCUGGAAUCAACCUGAGAGUUCGAGCGAUCCAGACCGUCAAUACGGCAAAUCCGUACAACUCGCAAGGAAGCUCGCUCACGGCCAUCCUAGGAAGUUUGAACGGCCUCAAUCCCUUGGUUGGGGGGCGGGGAGUCAACGGUCUCAUUGGCGAACCCAACAGCGCCACAAACUUGGGUCUGAAUGGGGCAGCCAACGUGCCCCUCGGCGCACUUUCUGCCAGUGUUGCCAACGUCCCGUACUGCUCGCCGAUCGCAAACCAACCAUUUCUGACAGAUCGGUCAGUCUACCCGACGUUUUUCCGAACCAUGCCUGACACUGGCUACGUGGGCGCCGCGAUCGCCGAGUUCAUGUACAGCAUGGGAUGGCGACGAAUGGGUCUCAUUGUAACGGUAAGCCGAACGCCGCCGCUCAACGACCACAUUGCAAUAGUAUGGAUAUCGUAGUGGACACCGCGCUGACUGCGGCAUCAAUCUCGGAUCGGAUGAGAAAGUCUUCGCAGUACUCCAUGACCGGUGUGAGCCUGCUUCCUGGGUUCUUGGAUCAAGCCGCUGCCUUGAACAUCAACAUCACGUUCAUGCGAUACAUCGGAGAUCAAGCCGGUGUCACGCCAGCAUCAAACGCUGCGACCUGGGACUACUCCGGAGUGAUCUCGGCAAUGAAGGCGUCAAAAGUCAGGGUCUUUGUGGUCUUGGCCGG